ACGAGAGUGGGGCUACGCACAGAGGGGCGCCUCGGCCAUGACUGCGGAGCUGCAGCAGGACGACGCGGCUGGGGCGGCGGACGGCCAUGGCUCGGUUUUGUAGGUACGUUCCACACAGCUGAGUGAUGGCUUUGUGGUCUUCUUUCUCAUAUUUGGUUGGGUGUGUACUGAAAGGAAUGGAGCAUUCUCCUAGAUCUUCUGCAGUAAGAGAGAAGCAAGAUUCCCUGGACUCCUAUGACCUACUGAAGCACUGUCCAGAGAGGAAAGCCCAAGGCUCCUUAAGGCUGACCGGUUACAACUGACGUAGAGCUGCCAGAUGCUGUUAAAUCAACUGCGGGAAAUCACAGGCAUCCAGGACCCUUCCUUCCUUCAUGAAGCAUUAAAGGCCAGUAAUGGUGACAUCACCCAGGCUGUCAGCCUUCUCACUGACCAAAGAGCUAAGGAGCCCAGUCACGACACGACUGCCACAGAGUCGUCCGAAGGUGAACGGAGCUCUACCAGCAGACAACUGUUAGCAAAAGUGAUAGACCUUACUCAUGACAACAAAGAUGACCUUCAGGCAGCCAUUGCAUUGAGUCUACUGGAGUCUCCUAAGAUUCAAACUGAUGGCAGAGAUCUUAAUAGAAUGCAUGAGGCAAACUCUGCAGAAACUAAGCGCUCAAAGCGAAAACGCUGUGAAGUUUGGGGAGAAAACCAUAAUCCCAAUAACUGGAGGAGAGUGGAUGGUUGGCCAGUUGGGCUGAAAAAUGUUGGCAACACAUGCUGGUUCAGUGCUGUUAUUCAGUCUCUCUUUCAGUUGCCUGAGUUCCGAAGACUUGUUCUCAGCUAUAGUCUACCACAGAACGUACUUGAAAACUGUCGAAGUCACACCGAAAAGAGAAAUAUCAUGUUUAUGCAAGAGCUUCAGUAUUUAUUUGCUUUACUGUUGGGAUCAAAUCGAAAAUUUGUAGAUCCUUCUGCAGCCCUGGAUCUACUGAAGGGAGCCUUCCGGUCAUCAGAGGAGCAGCAGCAAGAUGUGAGUGAAUUCACACACAAGCUCCUGGAUUGGCUGGAGGAUGCGUUCCAGCUAGCUGUUAAUGUUAACAGCAAUCCCAGGAAUAAGCCUGAAAAUCCCAUGGUGCAGCUGUUCUAUGGUACUUUCCUGACGGAAGGGGUUCGAGAAGGAAAGCCCUUUUGUAACAACGAGACCUUCGGCCAGUAUCCUCUCCAGGUAAACGGUUAUCACAACUUAGACGAAUGCUUGGAAGGGGCCAUGGUGGAAGGUGACAUUGCGCUGCUUCCUUCCGAUCAUUCAGUGAAGUAUGGACAAGAGCGUUGGUUUACCAAACUACCUCCAGUGUUGACAUUUGAACUCUCCAGAUUUGAGUUUAAUCAAUCUCUUGGGCAGCCAGAGAAAAUUCAUAAUAAGCUGGAAUUUCCUCAGAUUAUUUAUAUGGAUAGGUACAUGUACAAGAGCAAAGAGCUUAUUCGAAGUAAGAGAGAGAGUGUUCGAAAGUUGAAGGAGGAAAUACAGGUUCUGCAGCAAAAAUUGGAAAGGUAUGUGAAGUACGGCUCCGGCCCAGCUCGGUUUCCGCUCCCCGACAUGUUGAAAUACGUUAUUGAAUUUGCCAGUACAAAACCUGCCUUUGAAAGCUGUCUGUCUGGAAGCGCUGAGCACAUGACAUCACCACCUCCUUCAGUGCACUGCCCAGUUUCUGAUCUCACAUCCAAGGAAAGUUCAAGUCCAGAAGGCUGUUCUCAGGAUGCUGAAGGCACCUUUUCUUCUCCUGAAAAUACUCUGCCCAGGUCUGAUAUAAUGAAUGGACCGUUUACCUCCCCCCACUCCUCCCUGGGGAUGCCUGCGUCCCCAGCUCCUCGGACAGUCACUGAUGAGGAGAUGAACUUUGUUAAAACCUGCCUUCAGAGGUGGCGGAGUGAGAUUGAACAGGAUAUACAAGAUUUAAAGAAUUGUAUCGCGAGCACCACCCAGGCUAUCGAGCAGAUGUACUGUGAUCCUCUUCUUCAUCAGGUGCCUUACCGUUUACAUGCCGUUCUUGUUCAUGAAGGACAAGCCAAUGCUGGACACUACUGGGCUUACAUCUACAACCAACCUCGGCAAAUCUGGCUCAAAUAUAAUGAUAUCUCUGUCACUGAGUCUUCUUGGGAGGAACUUGAAAGAGAUUCUUAUGGGGGUCUGAGAAAUGUCAGUGCGUAUUGCUUGAUGUAUAUCAAUGACAAGCUACCCCACUUCAAUGCAGAGGCAGCUCCUAACGAGUCUGAUCAAAUGGUGGGAGAAGUGGAAGCACUGUCUGUGGAACUCAGGCAGUACAUUCAGGAAGAUAACUGGAGGUUUGAGCAAGAGGUGGAGGAAUGGGAAGAAGAGCAGUCCUGUAAGAUCCCACAAAUGGAGUCCUCCCCAAACUCCUCCUCACAGGAUUUCUCCACAUCUCAAGAGUCUUCAGCAACCUCCUCUCAUGGCGUUCGAUGCUUGUCCUCUGAACAUGCUGUGAUUGCAAAGGAGCAGACUGCCCAAGCUAUUGCAAACACAGCCCAUGCCUAUGAGAAGAGCGGAGUAGAAGCAGCCUUGAGUGAGCGUAAGGAAGCUGAACCUGAGAAGCCCAAACCCCAGGAAACAAACCUUGCAGAGCAGUCAGAGCAGACCCCAGAGGCCAGUGACACAGAGGCUGCUGCCCCGCCUAACUCUGAGGUCUCUGAAGUCGAGAUUCCCAGUGUGGGAAGGAUUCUGGUUAGAUCUGAUGCAGAUGGAUAUGAUGAGGAGGUGAUGCUGAGCCCUGCCAUGCAAGGGGUCAUCCUGGCCAUAGCUAAAGCACGCCAGACCUUUGACCGAGACGGGUCUGAAGCAGGGCUUAUUAAGGCAUUUCAUGAAGAAUACUCCAGGCUCUAUCAGCUUGCCAAAGAGACCCCCACCUCUCACAGUGACCCUCGCCUUCAGCAUGUCCUUGUCUACUUUUUCCAAAAUGAAGCACCCAAAAGGGUAGUAGAACGAACCCUUCUGGAACAGUUUGCUGAUAGAAACCUUAGCUAUGAUGAGAGAUCUAUCAGUAUCAUGAAGGUGGCUCAGGCCAAACUGAUGGAAAUUGGUCCAGAUGAUAUGAACAUGGAAGAGUAUAAGAGGUGGCAUGAAGAUUACAGUUUGUUCCGAAAGGUGUCUGUGUACCUCCUAACAGGCCUGGAACUCUUUCAAAAAGGAAAGUACCAGGAAGCACUGUCCUAUCUAGUAUAUGCCUACCAGAGCAAUGCCGCCCUGCUGAUGAAGGGGCCCCGCAGGGGUGUGAAGGAGUCUGUGAUCGCAUUAUACCGCAGAAAAUGCCUUCUGGAGCUCAAUGCCAAGGCUGCUUCUCUGUUUGAAACAAAUGAGGACCACUCUGUAACAGAGGGCAUUAAUGUGAUGAAUGAGUUGAUCAUUCCCUGUAUCCACCUGAUCAUUAAUAACGACAUCUCCAAGGAUGACUUGGAUGCCAUUGAAGUCAUGAGGAACCAUUGGUGCUCUUACCUGGGGAAGGAUAUCGCAGAAAAUCUGCAGCUGUGCUUAGGGGAGUUUCUACCCAGACUUCUAGAUCCUUCUGCGGAAAUCAUCAUCUUGAAAGAGCCUCCAACUAUUAGACCGAAUUCCCCCUAUGACCUUUGCAGCCGGUUUGCAGCUGUCAUGGAGUCCAUUCAAGGAGUUUCAACAGUGACAGUGAAAUAGUCCCUCGGCCCAGACUCAGCCUGGUCUCUGGUCACCUCCUGUUACACAGCAGUCUGUUGUUGCAGAUUCUGCUGGAGACGGGGACUGGGUGGCUGAGCAAGGUUCAGACCCUCACCCCUGUCAUGGUGUGUGUUUAAAGGGAUUAAGGAUAAAGUGCACAUUUAGGUACAGAAUCAUGAGAGCUACUUCACUGAAGAAGGCCAGUGCAUUAUAGUUUUGAAUUAUCCCAGAAGACCUGAAUUGCCUUUUUAAUCUCCCAUAAUACUUGGGUUUCUAUAAGCCUCAUGUCACUUUUUUUUUUUUUUUUUGGUUUUUCGAGACAGGGUUUCUCUGUGGCUUUGGAGCCUGUCCUGGAACUAGCUCUGUAGACCAGGCUGGUCUCGAACUCACAGAGAUCCGCCUGCCUCUGCCUCCCGAGUGCUGGGAUUAAAGGCGUGCGCCACCACCGCCCGGCCUCAUGUCACUUUUUAAAUUGCCCUUGAGUCACCAGUAUUUCUGGCAGCAGAAGGGUGACUCAUCAGAACUGAACUGGAGGAGCAGUUAUUACUUAUUUUGUCAAGUUCAGGUGACAUUUAAAAUCCCUACCUAUCAGAGAUUGGUAAUAGAAUUCUUGCGUGGCUCUUGACAGUGAUGGAGGGGGCACUGAUGAAUCCUUCCUUCCACACGUGGGUGGAACCUGAGGCUGCACUGCAAAGCCAGGAAGAGCAACCUCCCCUUUUGGUCUGUAUAUAUUUUAGAUAAAUCAGGAAACUUCACAUUCAGUCCUGAGUGAAAGCAUCAUGGACUGUCAGCCCAGUGGUAUUGGGAAGCUGCACAAGAAACAUUUUAAUAGUUAGUAACCAAAAUUAAGCAAAAUUUUGAAAAUUGUCUAAAGCAGGUGUUUAAGGCUAGAUACCUUGCCCUAAAAGAACAUUUUGAUUCUCUUCUCUUAUCUCUCUUUUUAGAAAAUAAGGGAUGUGAAUUUGUAUAAAGAAAAGAACAUUUAUCUGUAUGUAUAUGUAGAGAGAAAUCCAUUUUUAAAGAACUUUUAAUUGGAAACUCAUGUUUUAGCCAAAUUUUAAGGAUCAGUGGAGAAAUCAUGGGAGGGAAGAAAACAACACAACUAUGCAGAUUUUAUAAAUGUGCAAUAAAAGUAUUUGUUUUACCUUU